CGCGAAGAGAGAGAGACGGGAGACAGAGGAGAGAGAAACCCCAAGCCCAGGUCUCGCCGCCUUCGCCUUCGCCUCUGCGGCCGCGCUCCGUUCGGGUAGGAGGAGGAGGAGCUCGAGGGGUUCUCCGUGCCCGUGGGAGCGCGGAGGCGGCGCCGGCGUAGGUGCCUGCGGGGGAAGGGCGCGAGAUCUCGCGGCGGCGCCGCCGGCUUUGUGCGGUGGUGGGGGUGUUGGCGGCGGCGGCGGCGGGUGGUGCUGGCUCGGUGAGUCGGCUCGAUCCUUCCUCGCGGCGGCGCUCCGGCAAUCGAGCUGCUCCGCGGCCCGAAUCGAGGGUUUUGGGGGCCCGCCUUCUUGCUCGUGGCGGCCCGUGGAAUAAACUAACCGCUCGCUUCAGGCGGGCUAGGGUUAGGUUUUCGGCGGAAUUGCGGGCGGGAUUUUCUCGGCUGAAGGCGGCGGCGCAUUGUGUUGGUCGUUCGCGAGGAGGGCUGCCUGGCUGCUGCUGCUGCCUCUGUGUGCCUCCCUUGUGCGCGCAAUGAUGGGAAAGACGCAGAAGUUCUCCAAGGGGCACCCUGUGGGGUUCGUGCCGGACUACCGGUACGGGGUGGAGACUGGUGGGGCGUCCAAGGUGCCUCCUGUGAAUCCGGCGCGGACCGAAGCCAAGAGGAAAUGCAUCAACUUGAAUACCGAGGAGGGGGGCGAUGCUCCUGGAUUUAACGUGCCGCGGGAGGUCUUUGAGCUGUCGAGGAUGUCGGUGUCGGAUAGGAAGGAUCUGGAGAUGAAGCUCCGUCAGGAGCUCGAGCAGGUGAGGGCCCUCCAGAAUAGGCUGUUUUCCAGAGGCGCUUUGACGAGCAUGAAUGGUGCGACUUCCUCGGCUCCUGGGGGUGAUUUCAACGGCAAUAAAAAGGAUGGGAAGCUCAAAAGGAGCUAUUCAGUGCAGUCUGGCAGAGGACUGAUGUCAUCAAUGGCACAGCCUGCAGUCAGCUCCAUUAACUACGCGCCGUUGUUUAAAAAAUGCCAGGACCUUCUAAGGAACCUUAUGCGGCAUCGCUAUGGACAGACAUUUUCUAUCCCAGUCGAUCCUGUGAAGUUGAACAUCCCUGAUUAUUUUGAUAUAGUCAAGCACCCGAUGGAUUUGGGUACCAUCCAGAAAAAGUUGAAUUCUGGCUCGUAUCCUACACCUUGGGAAUUUGCCGCAGAUGUGAGGCUAACUUUUAGCAAUGCUAUACUCUAUAACCCACACAAUAACGUUGUGCACCAAAUGGCCAAAACUAUGAGCAGUCAUUUUGAACCUAGAUGGAAGCCUAUUGAGAAGAAGCUUCCUCGACCAGAGGAGGAGCCCUCUGUCGUAGAGCCCUCAAUAGUAGAGCCCUCAGACAAAGGUGCAGUUGAGAAAAAUUUGAUUGUCAACAAGGUCCCGUCUGAGAAAAAGCCUUCAAAUAAAGGCGCAUACAAGAAAGGCAGCUUUCAGAAGGAGGAGGCGGUUGCUAAUCCAGUUUUGCAACCGAAGAAGAGGAAAGCAUCUCCUUUGGUCCAGGAUGCUCCAGUAGCACCAGAGGUACAGAUGGUUCAGGUGGUUGAGGAUGCUCCAGUAGCACCAGCGGUACAGGUGCCUCAGGUGGCAGAGGAUGCCCCAGUGCGACCGACUGAUAUGGAGAUGAUGACAGAUAAACAAAAAGUUGAUCUAAGCGUAAGGCUUCAAUCAUACGGUGGAUUUAUUCCAGAACAUGUAGUUGAGUUCAUAAGGAGGCAUCUUAACGAUGAUAACGACGCCGAUGAAGAUGAGCUGACUAUUGACAUGAAUGCUCUCGAUGAUCCUACACUAUUUGAAUUACAGAAGCUUCUUGAUGACUACGAUAGAGAAAAUCCGUCUGGAAACCCUACAAAAGACGAGUAUCACGAGGUUGAGCAGUUUCAAAAUGAAUAUGGACUCAGAGACUCAUCAAUGCAUCAUGAAGGCAAUGAGCUUGUUGAAGAAGACAUUGAUAUUGGUGGGAAUGAUCUUCCACUUUUAACAUAUCCUCCUGUGGUAUUUGAAAGUGAAACAGCAGACAGAAGCAGCAAGCAUAGUUCUUCUAGCAGUUCUAGUAGUGAGUCAGGAUCAUCCUCCAGUGAUUCGAGUAGUUCUUCUGGAAGUGAUUUGGAUGUCAAAGUUCCUCCACCAAACAUUGGGGCCAAGGAGAACACACUGUCUGUGGUUAGCUUGGAUCAGGAAAAUGAUUCACGGAAUACAUUGAAUAUAACAGAACAAAGUACUGACCCUGUACUUAUUUCUGCUGACAAUGAAGAUGAGAAUGUGUCUGAGAAACAGGUCUCACCUGAUAAGAAAUACCGAGCUGCCCUUUUGAAAAGUCGCUUUGCUGAUACAAUUCUGAAGGCUCGUGAGAAGGCUCUUGAUCAGGUUGCGCAAAAGGAUCCUGAGAAAGUUCAACGUGAGAGGGAGGAGCUUGAAAGGUUACAAAGAGAAGAGAGAGCACGUUUACAAGCUGAGGCUAAAGCUGCCGAGGAUGCUCGCAGAAGGGCUGAAGCAGUGGCUGCUGCUGAGGCUGCUGCAGAAGCUAAACGCCAGAGAGAGCUUGAGAGGGAAGCAGCUCGGAAAGCCUUGCAACAGAUGGAGAAAACCGUAGAAAUCAAUGAAGGGAGCCUCUUUUUGAAAGAUUUUGAAAUGCUAGGAACUGUCGCGGGUGAACAGCACCCGGACUUGGUAGGUGAAAUGAAUCCAACUCAUACGCCUGAGGGUCUCGGGUUUCAACUUGGGGGCAACCCCCUAGAACAGCUCGGAUUAUAUAUGAAAAAUGAUGACGAAGAAGACGAGGAAGUCGGAUCUGCAUAUGAACCAACAGUUGAUGUUGAGGAAGGCGAAAUAGAUUGACAGCUUAUGGACCAUCCAAUUAUACACUGAGGGUCUAUUGGCAUAGCUGAACCGGAUAGCUAUUUUUUGAUGUCUUGGUAUUUGAAGUGCACAUUGAUCCUGACGGUCCCAUUCCUCUACUGAAUUUUGAACUGCACAAGUUUCUGGAGCAAAACCUAGCAGGCUUUUAGAUGUGUAUGGAAAACCAGUCGGCAUGCAUGCGGUGGGGUCCCAAGGAUGAGUCUAUCUUAAGGUGGGUUCACUGUCAGCCUUGAUGAAGUUAAUACCAGCCCUGUGCUUUUCUGAGGGUCAUCUGGAGCUAUACUUUUUUUGGGAGGAAAACAGGGAGAGGGGAGGUGUUGUCCUGGGCUCUUGAACACCUAAUGUGAGCAGUUUUGAGGGGUAGUUUUUUGAUGGCAUUUCCUGUUGUGAAUGUAAACAUGGGAACUGUACAAAGAGGUUGCCUGAAUAGAUGGAGACAGUCUUUUUAAGUCUUUUUCUGCAGGUUCAUCUUCCAUUGCUUUAAAUCUUUGUGAACAGCAGGGUGACUGACAUGAUGUUCCAUUGUUUGUCGGGUGUAUCGUAUAAUCCUGUCUUUCAGACCCGUCUGUCGUGAUGGGGUUUAGAGGUGAGUUAUUGGUAGGAGGCGACUGGCUUCGGCUGGUUUCUCAUAACUUGAGUGUAAUUUUUGUCACAUCUGGUGGUGCCGCAUUAUUAUUAUUAGUUUCCCCCAAAAGAAUGGUGGAAAUUUGUAGUUU